AUGAUGUACACGGUAAAUCAAAUUUUGGUUUAUAAAAAAAAUCAUGUCUCGGGCUAUUUUCAAUUAUGAUUUUUCGAUAUCUUCUAACUAUCAAUUGGUGAAUUACAGGGGACUACCGCGUCACAGGACACGAGGUUCAGUGAUAAGGAGAAGAAACUUCUUAAACAAAUGAAGUUUGGAGAUUCUCUAACGCAGAAAGUAAGUAUUCAAAGUCCGAUAUUUGUUAGUUGACUCUAGCUUUCAUGCUCGUUACAAAAUAUACUUCAUUCUCAGGUUGAUAUGAGCAAAGUCAAGCUGGAUGUUAUUAAACCAUGGAUAACUACAAAGAUUACUCAGAUUUUAGGGAUGGAAGAUGAUGUAGUGGUAGAAUUUGUGUAUAAUCAACUGGAAGAAAAGUUUCCUGACCCCCGAAAAAUGCAGAUCAACCUCACAGGUUUCCUGAAUGGAAGGAAUGCUCGAUCUUUCAUGGGUGAAUUAUGGGACCUUUUGGUCUCUGCUCAGGAAAGUGUAACGGGCAUUCCAGAGGCUUUCUUGCAACAAAAAAAAGAUCAAAUUAAAAAACGUUUGGAAGAGCAAGAGAAACUCCAAGCUUCUUUGGCGGAGAAAGAGAAGGAAAAGGAAAGGGAGAAGGAGAAAGAUGAAGCAGAAAAUAAGAUAAAAAAAGAAGAAAAGGAACGUGGUUCUUCGAAGGAGCGUCGGAGAGAUCGAAGUAGAGACCGUGAUAGAGACAGAAAAAGAAGUCGAUCAAGAGAUCGACACAGAGACCGUGACAGAUCGAGCCGCAAAAGACGAUCUUCUUCAAGAUCGCCUAGUAAAAAUUCGCUCAAGGACAACGGGAAAGAUAUGUCUGAGAUUAAAGUAGAGCGGGAAGAUUCACCUCAACCUGAAAAUGCUAUACCGCUUAUGCCAGUCAAGACAAAACCGUGUUUCAACAGGGAAGCCGCUGUUGCGAUAUCCCGAUUACAAGCUAAAUUAAUGAGCAUCGCUGACGGAAAAAAGAAAAACAAUCGUACUCCAUCUCCCGAGACACUGGAAAAAGCAAAGAAAUCUAGAUCUAGAUCAAAAUCACCCAUAAGCCGCUCUAAAAAAUCUAGAUCCAAAUCACCAAGUCGAGACUCAAAGACACGUCGUUCUCGAUCACCCGCAUCGAAAUCUAGGCGAUCUCGAUCUAAGUCAAGAUCAAGACGAUCCAGAUCUCGAUCAAAAUCUAGAAGAUCAAAAUCUAGAUCGCAAGAUCGCUCGAAAUCAAGACGUACGAAAUCCAAGUCUCCGAGGUCCCAUUCGAGAUCUCGAUCACGAUCGAAAAAAUCAAGAUCAAAGAGCAACGACAGAAGUAAGUCUAGAAAAUCGAGGUCCGAAUCGAGUGACUCCAGAUCGUCAAAGUCUCGGUCAAAGUCGCCUGAUAAGAGAAAGGAUAAUCUCGAUUCCAACAGGAAACGAGAUGCAAGUUCAAGCAGUAGUUCCGAAUCGGAGGAAGACAAAGGAGCAAAAGAUAAAAACGAUUUUGAAAUUAGAAAGAAGAAGGACGGAGUACAGGCAAAAAGAUCGUACAGAAAGACAAAUAAAGAUGAUAGUGGCAGUGACAGUGACUCGAGUCGUGAAAGGAAAUCGGUUCCUAAACGAAGAAGUCCUACACCGCGAAAGGACAGAGGCCGGUCUAAGGACAGAGAUAGAUCGCGAGAUAGAUCGCGGGAUAGAUCACGAGAUAGGUCUCGGGAUAGAUCUCGAGAUAGGAAUAGAAGGAGAUCCAUAGAUAGAGAACGUGAAAGAAGAAGAGAACGCGAACGAGAAAGGGAACGAGAGAGAUUGGACAGAUACAGCGGUAGUCGUAGCAUGCGACCUCCGUCAGUGCGUAGAGCACCUAGUAGGCGAAGGAGCCCUCCUCGAAGAAGUCCGGCAAGAUAUCGCCGCAGAUCGCCAAGUCCUGGGGAUAGGCGCCGAAGAAGAUCUCUUGAUCGAAGACGAAGAUCAUCGGAAAGAAGAGACAGACGUCGAUCUCCAGAUCGUCGUGACAGCAGACGUCGUUCGCCAGACGGACGGGACCGUUCCCUCAGGUACGAUAGAUCUUCCUCUCGUGACAGAUCAAGUAGGCGGGACCGUUCCAGAGACAGGGACAGAAGGGAUAGAGAUAGAAGAUCUAGAACUAGGGAUCGUAGAUCGAGAUCGAAAGAUCAAAGGUCAUCGGUGGAUCGUUCGAGAGAUGGAAAACGAUCUCCCGAUCGCUCAAGAGAUGCUAAGGAGAAGAUGAAGGACAAGAAAGUGGAUGAAAAAAUUAAAAGAUCAACUGAUACGGGAUCGCGAAAAGAAUUGCGAAACGGAAGGUCUAAGUCAAGUAGCUCGGAAAGUAGCGAAAGUAGUUCCUCUAGCAAUGAGGAUGAAGUGACCAGAAAGUCACUCGAGCGGAAAUCGUCUCAGGAAAAACGAGAACGCGAGAGGGAUCGUGAACACGCCGAUGACAAACGUAAAGAAAAGGAGAAGCCUGUCAAGGAGGAAUCCGUCAAACGACCCGAAAAGGACGUCAAGAAAACCGAACCUGCAAGCAUCAAGAAACCAGAUCCCAGCGUUUCUCCUAAAAAACUUCAAUCUGCUACUCUUCCUGUAACUAGACACAGAAGAAGAUAAUAAAGAAGGAUCACCAAAAGAAGAAUCGAGCUUUUCAUCCGCAGAUACGUUCCCGCUAAAGAAAGAUGACAAGUCGAUCAAAUCGAUCAAAACUACAUCCGAGGAUAAGAAAUCAGGACAAAAGUCGUCAGAACCAGUUCUCUUGAAAAAACCAACAGAAGUAGCAAAAAAAUCAAAACGAGAAAAACGUGAUGGUUCUUCAGAUUCAAAUGAUAGUGAAAGUGAAGGAAAGAAGAAAUCAAGAAAAUUAGAAAAGUCCAGGAAAUCCAGGAAAACUUCUACGGAUGAAGAAAAAUCAGAUAAAGGUUCAAGUUCAGAUUCUGAAGAAGAAAGGAAGCACGCGGAAAAAGGCAAAAAGGCUAAAGAUUCGAAUCGAGGAGAUUCAUUAGACGAACGAGCAAAAGAUAGAAAAGAUAGUAGAAAACGAGAAAUCAAUGAAAAUGAAUCUCGUAAGCGGUCGAAAAAAGAAUUAGAGGAAGAAACGAAGAAAUCAAAAAGAUCUAGGAAAGAUUCGUCUUCGGGGGAUGAAGAUCAAAAAGUAAAAAGAAAUAAAACUGAAGACGAUAGAUCAAGAUUACGGAAAUCUAAAAAAGAUUCAAGCUCAGAUGACGAACCGAAAAAAACACGAAAACGAAGAGAUAGCUCUUCGGAAGAUGAAAAGUCAAGAACAAGAAAAUCAAGGAAGGAUUCUACAAGUGAAGACGAAGGAAAAGUACGACUGAGAAAAUCUAAACGGGACUCUAGUACAGACGAUGAGGAAGUAGGCGAAAAAGAUACAAAAAAAAAGAAAAAAGCGGAUGACAGUUCAGAUGAGGAAAAAGUAAAGAAGAAACGUAAAAAGAAGACUAAAACUAGCACCAGUGAAUCAGAGGAAAGUGAAGUAGAAGAAAAAAAAAAGAAAAAGGAUAAAAAGCACAAGAAACAUAAGAAGCAUAAAAAGCAUAGAAAACACAAAAAGAAGAAGGUUGCAGAUUCUGACGAAUCUGAUGUAAGUGAAGGUAAUACAGAAGAAUUAGAAAAAAAACUUCGCGAAAAAGCAUUAAAAUCGAUGAAAAAAGGACAUAGCAUAGAGGCAAGUGAUUAAGAACUUGUGAAAUUUAUCAAGGGUAUGUCACAUGUGUACCUUUAUUACAAUGCACUUGCAUCACGAAUAUGUUUCAGUUCAUUAUUUUAUUGAUAAGUAAGAUUUUAUCGUGUCACAGUUUUUGUGUAAAACAAGUCUGAUAUUAUUCAACAAACUUGUCUUAGGUAAGAAAAUUUAAUUUCAAUGACCUUAAAUACUAAAAUUACAAAGUUGAAUGCAAUAGCUGUACUUUUGAAUUAGCGAACAAAAGUAAUAUACUUUUACAAAAGUGUUACUACCAUAGAAUAGUAAUUUUUUGUGCCACUUAUAUGUACAAUUUUUACAUUUUCAAAGUUAAUAUAAUUGUGCAAAAACAUAAUAUCUUUUUGUAGUUCAUAAGUUUACGAAUUAAUGUUCAUUUUACAACGUGAUAAUGGAUUUAAUUUGUAAAUCUAAUUUGUGUAAAAAUAAUUUUUCAUUGUUUAUAUUGAAUUAAGCUAAAAGUAUAAAUUACGUCUUGAGAGAAAUGUGUACUUCACAGGAAUCACAUUCUCUUAAGAUAUUCAUUCACAUAAAUUAUAUAACAAACUUUAUUCUACAACUAUUGUAAAUUUAUUUAGAUUUAUGAAUUACUAAUGGAUUUGUACGUGACACGAUUUUCACGUAUAUACUGUAUUAACGAAAAUACAUGAUUUUCAAAAAAAUCUGAGUUUUUAUAUUAAAUACAAAUAUAAUUUAUCACAUUCACGUAUAAAAGAUUUACGAAGGAAAAAGAGCAUAUCAAUUUUAAUAUCUCCUAUGUAUGCUUCUUAACAUUGGUUAUAUCGUAUUGAAAAUUAAAAUUUUCUGAAUUUUGCAUUUAUUUUAAUAUAUUUUAUUUAUUUUAAAAAUAUGAAGUUAUGAUUGAAUUACUUUGACAAAUAAAUUUUCAUUCUCUAAGAAAGAUUAAAACUUCUUCCUCUUUCCCGUAAAUGCUUUAUAUAAUCUACAUAAUAAAGAAUAUAUAAUAAAAAUCUAUUCAUAUUAAAAAUUGAUUUACAAUUUAGCCAACAUUGAUUCCCAGUCGGGCGUACAUAAAAGCAUACUGCUAACUGGACCU